AAAAAUAUAACUGUCAACCAUAAACAUCAGUCGCAUUUUAUUUCGGAAAUUUGCAUUUUUUUUUCUUUUCUCCCGUGCAAACAAAUAAAAAAUCAAAAGAAAAUAAGAAAAAUUCUUUACAAAUUACAAUCAAAUUUUCCAAAAAAAAAAUACCAAAAAGAAUUCAAUUAUAGCCACACAGAUGGAAUCUGUGGCGCACAAUAUUGACGCCAAAGAGCGUACAGACGAUGUUCGUCUGAAAAGUGUAUCGCCUUUUAGCAAAAUGCUUUUAGCCGAUCCCAUUCGCAAGGGACUCGAUGCCGCUGGAUUUGUUUAUCCAACUGUUAUUCAAGCAGCAGCUAUACCAAUUGGAAAAUCUGGAAUGGAUCUUCUUGUUCAAUCCAAAUCUGGUACCGGGAAAACAUUAAUAUUUUGCACAAUCAUCUUGGACGCCUACCAGAGUGAAAUUCGAGAACCACAAUCGUUAGUUUUGGUUCCAACACGUGAAAUAGCCGUACAAACCGAAUAUGUCCUCAACCAAGUGGGAAAGUAUUGUCACGGUUUUCGUGCCAUAAGUGUCAUCGGUGGCAUGGUUAUCACUGAAGACCGCAAAAAUCUUCAAGGAGCCAAAGCUAUUGUCGGUACUCCUGGUCGCGUCUUACAUCUAAUCAACAACGAAGUUCUAAAUACAUCAAAAAUACGCCUCCUAGUAAUCGACGAGGCAGACAAAAUGUAUUCACAGUCCUUCCGACAAGAUCUUGCCGUUAUUCGCCAGUUUCUACCCUCCAGGAAACAGACAAUCGCCUGCAGUGCAACAUUCUGCAAUGAUUUAGACAAGGAUUUGGCUAAAAUGAUGAAGAAUCCGUUGCUAGUCUCCACAGAGAACCGAGCCACACUCCUUGUGGGUAUAAAACAGUUUGUCUAUGAAAUCCCCGAACAGAAAACAAGUAUUCUCGAGAUGAACCGUAAACUCGAUGCCCUUAGAAAGAUCUUUGGAAUGAUCCCAUUCAAGCAGUGCUUGCUUUUUACUGGCUCCCAAUCUCGAGCUGAAUCUUACAAAAAUUGCCUCGAGCGAGAAGGCUGGCCCUGUGAAUUGAUUUCAGGGGCUCAAGACCAAAAGACCCGUCUUGAGAUGUUUAAGAAAUUUCGAGAAUUCAAAACACGCAUUAUGGUGUGCACAGAUCUCAUGGCCCGAGGCAUAGACUCGGAAAAUGCAAAUCUUGUCAUUAAUUUGGAACUACCCACAGAUGUUGUCACCUAUCUGCAUCGCAUUGGACGCGCCGGACGCUUUGGUUCCCAUGGAAUUGCCAUCAGUUUUAUUGCCUCCGACAAGGAUCGCGAGUUAUUUACAAAUAUUCGGGACAAAAUUGGAACUGGAAUGAAUAUUCUACGUUUCCCGGAAUUAGAUAUCGAUCGGGAUUUCUGGGAUUUCUCGAAUUUUGAUCGUGAUUUUGCUCAAUAUGGUUGUUUUGGUGAUCCCGAAGUUCGUUGGGGAGCCGACGAUGGUGGAGACAAAGAGAACGUUGUUGACAACAAUUUCACCCAUUCCAUAGACACCAAAACGUUCCAGGUUGAUCUUAGAGAAGCUGCUAUGGGCUUACUUGAGCUAGUUCCUCAUAAGCCCGAAAAUCUACAUAAACUUACACCCGAGUCGAAGCAGAGUUCCUCACAGAAGUUGCCGUCAUCAAAUACUAUUGACGAUGCCAGUAGUAUUGCGGCUGAUAGUGAUAUCCUUCGAAGUAGCCAACAGGAUGUCCAACAAGCGUCGUCGAAACCCUUCCAAUCGGUGUUGUGUGGGAAGAUCUCAAUCCCCAAUAUCACGGAUUUCCUUGUGGAUCGCAAAGAGAAAGACAAGAAAAUCGAUCCCUUUGAGGAAUAUAAAAAAGUUCUUGACAGCAGCCGCACAGAAUCAGUUGAAGACGUGAUGCGAAGUCCCCAAAAAUUGAUGGAUAUUAAGAAUUUGCUCAUAAAUUCAAAGGAACCAGUUCGAAACAUCAAGAAAGACAUUUACUCGGAUUAUGAGAAUUUCAAUGAGGAAAGUCCAUCGGUGAGUCAAGCCACUUGUGCAGAUGUAGACAUUGACAAGGCCACAUUUAUUCUUUCUGUGGCAACUCCAUCAGCAUUAGAUGCAUCCAGUCAAGAUUUAAACACCAGCCAACAGUGUGAUGUCACAGAUGAUCCCGAUGCCCAGGUGAAGCAUUUCCCAUCACCGGCAAAUAUUAAUCCACCAGAAGAGAUACCACAAGUACUGAUUCCAGCUCCGCCAGAGAGAUCUCCAACUUUGAGUGAAAGAUCAAAUAGUGUUUACUCAGAUGACACUGAACGUGGUAGUAGUGGAUUUGAUGAGAAUAUCAUAUCGGGUGGUACUUCGGGUAUUGUUACCAGUGAAUUAGAGGAUGAAUCAUCUUAUGGUGAUGAAUCGGCAUCGUAUUUCACUGAUUAUGAUGAUGAUGAAGUUUAUUAUGCAGAAAGGAAUCAUUGGAAUUAUGAAGAAGAAGAUGAUAUUGAUUAUUUUCAAGAUAGCGAUGAGGAGGUGGAUGUUGAAGAGUCAGAAGAAGAGAAUAGCGAGAAUUAUGAUGAAGAUGCUACCCGUGAUUAUCAGGAAGCCUAUAAUCGAUGGGUUAAUAUGUACUGGAAUCAAAUGACACUCGUAAGGGAUUAUGUUAACUUUUCGUCGUUUGUACGAGGAACUGGAUAGAGUGUCGAGUUCUAUGAGAAUAAAUCUGCUCACUUAAUUAACAUAACUUGUCAAAAAUCUUUUUAUAAGAAGAUAAUUUGGAAUGCGCGCGUUUAAAACUGAAGAUAAAGUUGAAUUGAAAUAAAUUAUUAUUACUUAACACAUUUUAAA